AUGGAGCAGUUUGACGGUUUCGAGUACAAUCGAAAGGAUCUACUUGGACAUGGUGCGUUCGCCAUCGUCUACCGCGGCCGAUAUAUCGAGAGGCCCGACAUACCGGUGGCGAUAAAAGCGAUCGCGAAGAAGAACAUCUCGAAAUCGAAGAAUCUACUGCAGAAGGAGAUCAAAAUUCUAAAAGAGCUCAGCGGACUCAAACACAAUAAUCUUGUUGGCCUUUUAAAAUGCACGGAAACGCCGACGCACGUGUACCUCGUCAUGGAAUAUUGCAAUAGUGGCGAUUUGGCCGACUAUUUGCAAAAUAAAAAUACGCUUCGAGAGGAGGUCAUUCAGCAUUUCGUCAUCCAAAUUGCCCGAGCUCUUCAAGCCAUCAACAAUCUCGGAAUUGUUCAUCGCGAUUUGAAGCCGCAGAAUAUUUUGCUAUGCACACCAGUUCGGCAAAAAGAUCCGCCUUACACUGAAAUCACCAUCAAGCUUGCCGACUUCGGCUUCGCGAGAUUUUUGAACGAAGGAGUGAUGGCUGCCACACUAUGCGGCUCGCCAAUGUAUAUGGCGCCAGAAGUGAUAAUGUCGAUGGCGUAUGACGCCAAAGCCGAUUUGUGGUCGAUUGGAACAAUUUUGUAUCAGUGUUUGACGGGAAAAGCCCCAUUUGUGGCUUCGACACCCCCACAACUCAAAGCGUUUUAUGAGAAGAGUCGCGAACUUCGACCGAAUAUUCCCGAUUGGUGCUCGCCGAGCCUUCGUGAUCUUUUGCUGAGACUUCUCAAACGAAACGCGGCGGAUCGCAUUACAUUCCAAGACUUCUUCACACAUCCAUUCCUUGUGAACCCGAUUCCAACGCCAAGUCCGUCGAGAAGAUUAAUGGAUGGAAUGUCGCCGAGAUCGCCGUUGACGGCUAGACGAAUCGCUGGAAGUCCUCAAACGUCGGCGUUGCCAAUUCCAGCGCGUAAGUCGAUGAGCAGCAAAGUCGAGAGUCCGACGCCGAGUCGACGAAUCGGCUCGAUUACGGACUCACCGAGAGCCUCGCGACGGCAUAUUCAGACGACGCACACGCAGCCGACGUUGAACGACAUCGGCGACAGCAGCGAUUUCACGUUCUUGCCGCCGCGUCAAGAAGCGAGCCCAGUGAAACAAGUCCAAGUGCACACGAAUGUCAAUCCGAACUCGAACAUCAAAGCGGUUCCGGUGCCGAGCCAACGAAUGGCGUACCAAAAAAUGGAAGAGCGACGAAUGGCGAGAAUGGUGUCGCCGAAUCAGCAGCCGUCGUCACAAGACGCGAUGACGACGACACAGACGAUCAAAUCGACGACGCCGAUUCAGGUGGCUGCCGAUCCGCUAGUCUCGAUGACGCCGCCGAGUGCUGCUAGUAUUGAGAAGAUCAACUUACCGCAAACCACAUUCCUUGUGCGAAACGGCACCUCUCGACGCUCGCUGGUCGAGACGACACGCACCCGUCGAUCGACGUUCUCGACGUCGGAGGAGCCCGCGUUGUUGCCUGGUCAAGUGCCGCCUACUGUAGAGUCGGCGAUUCCCAAGUCGGCGACGACGACCAACCUCGAGCUGAUGCGGCAGCAGCGCGAUCGAUCGGCGACGGCGCCGUUGGCGAUCUCGCCGCUCGCCGCGUCGCCGAUUCGCGAGAACGAGCCGCUCGACAACGCGAAAUAUCAGCAGACGUCGUCGAACGCGACGACCGACGCGCAAUCAUCAUCAUCAACGCGGCCGAUUGAGCCGUUCGUCGUCAAUAAACGCAGAUCGACUGAUCUUUCCGAUGAUGAGGAAGACGAUUCGCGCGAUCAGCUUCAGUUGCCGUUUGCUUCGAAUCCAAUCCAGACAGAUAUGUCGCGAAUGACGGAUAGCAUUGGAGAUGAUUCGUCGUCGUCACAGCCAGUAUCGUCGAAUAACAAACUGGACGAAUCACUGAAUAUUGAGCGACCGGUGUCGUUCAAAAAUUCCUCAUUGCCAUUCAAUGGUCCCGCUUUGUUCGCCGAUGAGACUGGAAUGGAUGAGCAUGAGGACAUGCCGGUUCCACCGCCGGCUCUUGAGCAGGAGACGGUAAUGCAGGAGGAGCACAAGCAAAUAUUGGCGAAAUUGCGAUUCGUGUCGGAUCUCGUCGACACACUGAUGCAUGUCGCCGAGCAGAAGGACAAUCCGCUGGCGAUGGCCACCAAGAAGAAGGACACCACCUCGUCGCAUACGUCAUCGACGGCCUAUCGACGAGCUGAGCAGCUUGUCGUGUAUGUGAGAGCACUUCACAUGCUCUCAUCGGCGUUGCUUCUCGCGCAGACGAAUGUUGCCAAUAACGUUCUUCAUCCGUCGGUGGCGGUUCAGACAGUUCUCAAUCAGCUUAACGACAAGUAUCAUCAGUGCUUGGUACGAUCACAAGAAUUGGCUUCACUUGGCCUUCCUGGACAGGAUCCAUCAAUGGCAGUGAUAUCCGCUGAGCGUAUAAUGUACAAACAUGCUAUUGAUCUUUGUCAGGCGGCAGCUCUUGAUGAAUUGUUUGGCAAUCCGCAACAAUGUAGUCAAAGAUAUCAAACAGCCUAUAUGAUGCUGCACACAUUGUCAGAACAAGUGAAUUGCGAACAGGACAAGACGGUUCUAUCAAGGUACAAAGCGGCCGUCGAGAAACGCUUGCGAAUACUCGAGAGGCAAGGAUUCGUGACUGCCAUCAACACGUAA